CCCGCGCCUUCAUUCCGGUAUGCUGUUGGACUUGCCAACCGAGAUCAUCUUGCACAUCUUUUCGUAUUUGGACCUGCCAGAACUGGCAGCACUGUCGAAGCUAUCGCCUGGUCUCGCGUCUCUCGCUGCAGAUCCUGUCCUUCAGAGGUUUCGCCUCCUUGUUGUAGCACCAUCCCGGGUGCAACACUCGCUAUUUGCCCUAAGUCCACAGGGAGACGCGCUGAGGCCGACCAUCGCGGACCUGGUGCACCGAGGCGUCAUACGCGGCUUGGGCAUCGAAAGGCGCUGGAGGCUUGGAAUGUAUAUUUAUUCUCCCUUUUCCGUUAAGCAAUACGAGAACCUGCUGCGGUUACAACGCCGCCAUACGUGUGAUGUCCUCUCCAUCCACUUCAGACGGCGCUCGGCGGCUCAGAAGAAGGCGCUGGACGUUCUACGGGAUGCUGGUGUUCUCCCCGACGCGGAGUCGUCGUCAAUGCACGUCUCGCGAUCGCUGAUCCCGGUCAUGCACCAGCUCAAGUGGUCUAUCCAGAGAGACCGGCUGGCCAAGGUGGUGAGAGACAAGGGAUUGAUUGCGAAGGGUCCCGGUGGUCCUGCCGCGUGGUUAGAAGCGAAAGGAAGGACCUUGGUUAAGGAGGGUGAGCGUGUUAGGCUUGCUCUCUGUCCUGGCGUCAGGAAGAUAGUGAAGUUCUACGAGGAAUUAGGCCGGUGAUCCCCUCUUGUGCAUUCUGUAUUUAUUCCUGUUUACCGCUUGUUCUCGUACUACUUGGAGGCCUGUAUUAUCGUUGUAAAUAU